AGUACGGCCUGGUAACAUUCAGUUUUACAAAGGUGAUCAGUUUACGGGUAAAAAAACUCGGGUACAGUGUUGUUCCUUUUUAUGUUAUUUAUUUAUCUAUUCAUCAUGUUUUAAUUGAUUUAUUGUAUAAAGUGAUCUAUUUUUUUCUUAUCUUUCAGAAUCCUUGUGAGAGCAUUCCAUGCACCCAUCACGCCACCUGUCAAGCGGGCUUUGGUAACCAUGGAUACCGCUGUAUUUGUCCUGCUGGAUAUCAGGGAGUUCAGUGUAAAACAGGUGAGGGAAAAAACAUCUAACGAUAAAAUGAUGAGUUCAGACAGUUCAAUAUUUAAUUGAUUUUACAAUAAAGUUAAGCAGCUAUAAUUUCCAAAAAAUAAUUCGUGCAACAUUACGGGGAAAAGACAGGAGAACAAGCUAAAGAAUCCUGCCUUAAAAGAUGUGAAAAGGACAGGCAGGAAGAGGAGCAGAAAGAAAAUUACACAGAUACGUAGGGCCACUUUCAUAAAGUUGGACGAAAUGUCUCAUCCUUGAGAGUUUUUAGCUUUGGUUUUUUUUAAAUUCUGUGUAGAUGUUGAUGAAUGCGUACCAGGAAAACACCAUUGUCCCCGUGCAGAGCGCAAAUGUGUCAAUACUUUUGGUUCAUAUAAGUGCUCACAUUGUAGUCCUAGAUAUAUUGACGAUGGAGAGACCUGUCAAGGUAAGAUUUGCAUACAAUGAAGAAGACAACAAAGACAAAAAGAAAAACAGUGGACACAUAUAUAAAGACCAGCAAAAACAAAAAACAUGUAGUCAGUAAGUCUUGCAUAUCGAAUAAGAGAAAGUUGAUAAAAUUAGGUUAGCUACCAUUUAUAUCUUAUUCAGACAGACAGAUUAAGAGACAGACAGACAGAGAGUAACGACAGAAAGUGGUAGAUAUAUGGGGAUACGAGAGGUAACUGAGUGGCAUGUUCAAGCCACAGAUGCGCACUUAGCCCAUAGUGGUGGUUACGCUUGCUCUGUAGGCAUAUAGGCCACUAAGAUAGAUAUCAUCUACAGCUCAUUAGGCCUUGUUAAGAAUAUCUAUCUAGGCCAAAGGCAGAGGCCAAAAACAAAGCCGAAAAAAGCCGAACGUGGCUACCAACUUGUUAGCUUUUUUUCUCUUCUUUUCUACUAUUAUCACUUCACUGCACAUUCCAUGCCUAACAAAGUUUGUUGAUUACAAAGUCUUCAAAUAUGGCAUGAGCAGAAUUUCCACGGAUGGAGUUUGCUACACUUACUGGCCUCUAGCUCUAUUGGAUUUCAUUCCCCUAUUUAUGAGAAAUUUCACGCGAGGUGUACUUUGCCUAAAGUUCGUUUAGUCCUUCAAUUUUUACCAUUUGAUUUUACUAUGUUUAGAUAUCGAUUAA